GCCACCAUUAGCACUAGCACCACUAUUAAAAACUAUCAGCACACUAUAAUUACCACCACCACCAUCAGUAUCACCACCACAACUACCGACACAGAUUAACUCGUCGCGUUUAACACCUACGAUAGCAAGCUACUUCACUACUGACAACCUCUACUACACACACACACACACACACACAUGAGUAGCCGUAAAGAACGAGCAAAACGGCAGUACUCGCAGGGGAGCAGCAGACGAGGUGGUGACUGUGUGGGUUUAGCACCUCAACGGGGAAGAUUCGGCAGUGGGGACGAGUUUGAGUUCUGCGUAGGGAGGAGGAGUUGGUGGUGGUGGUGUUUGCCCUCCCUGUUACGUAACUGUUGAUACAGCGGCCAACACGGGGCUCAACCGCUGCCUGCCUGACUGCUGGUUGGUGAGAGGGUGAGAGAGAGAGAGAGAGGCAGCGUGGAGAGCUGCCGACGCAACGAGUGCUCCUGGUGCACUCCAUGAAUCCCCGGAACUAGUAAGGAAGGGCGAACACCUCGAGGGGUGGAUUCCCGUGGUCAGGUAGCAACCUACGCCAGCAUACACCCGUGACCACGCCUACGCCCAACAAGACGGGUUCUGAGUGGCCCUCGGCCUCCUUUGAAGUACCUCAACAGCCAAUGACACGGUGAGCUGACUCACUUGAAAAAGUUAAUUGGUUCGAGUAUCAACAAAGACACGCCCCUUGUACUGGGAGCGAGUUAUCUCCCAGACAUUAUGUAUAAAAGCGCUUGUCAAUCUUGAAUCGGGUCUUAUGGGUGUGCCGUGAAGAAGUGUGCGAGACGCGAGAGCCGACUUGACAAACAUGCAGUGGAGUCGCUACCUUCUUAUUGCCCUUGUGCUACUGCAGGCGCUGACGGAAGCCAAACGUAGAAGGAAUAACAAUAGAACGAGACACGACAGAAGGCAUAACGUAGAUAGACCUCGUAAUGUUGAUGAGUUACAGAUGCCACAGGAGGAGACAGAGGGUCCUCACCACCAAGGGGACCAGCAGCAGGGUGUCCACCACUAUCACCACCAACAACAACACCAAACACAUCGGAAUACACAUCAACCACUCUCUGCUCAGGAAGAACAUGAGCCACUUCCCUCUGAACAGCAGCAGUAUUGCCCGAGCUGCUACCAGUUUGAAAUGCGUCGGGAUUUGCGUUUAGAGCAGAUUAAGGACAGAGUGUUGACCGCUACGGGACUGUUAACGCCGCCCAACAUGACUGGAAUAGUGAUAUCUAAAAACCCAAACAUCCAAGGAAUUAUCGAAGAAGUGGAGUCAGCCCACAUUCCGGAUUCCCCGUACAAUGACGACGAGCCUGAGAUCAAGACCGAAAAGAUGUUCUCUCCCGUCGAACCAGGUAACAACUACUCCUCCCACUCAGGUAACUUUUAGACCUCACAGGUUUGUCCCCUCGAGGGCAGGCGACCCCCCCAUACACUUGAAUUAGACUAAAACACCUGGUUCCUGCUCUUGGUUAUUAUCACAGAUCGUCGAUUGGAUUUUGUUAACAUAUAUCUACUGACUUACUUGUCUGUUUAUUGAA